CAGGUGUAUGAUGUUUGAUCGAUUUCGAGAGUUGGCCCAAAAAUAUAACAUAAGUACGUGCAUUUACAAACUGAAAUAUUGUAAUGUCAAACACGAAAUUUAAUUAUGAAAAAAAUGAUUCGAUCGAGGAACAAUUUAUGUGGCUUCUUAGAUUUGCCACUGUCAAAAAGAUUAAAGAUUUUCUAACUAAAAUACCAACGAUAGAUUUACAUUAUCCCACACCAAAUUUGAGAACUCCUAUAACGUCAGCCAUUGAUCGCGGUGAUCCGCAAAUUUUGUCGUUUUUAUUAGAGAAAAACUCGACAAAUUUAGAUGGUACGAUUACUCAACCUUGGGGCAGAACUGCUCUUAUGUACGCCUCUUUCGUUUCGAGAAAUCCAGAAAUCUUGCAGAUUCUAUUGAAGAAAGGUGCAGAUCCUCAAAAAAUGGAUAUAGGCUGGGCUUGUCUUCAGUAUGCAAUCGUGGGAGAACGACCGAAGAACGUCAUAUUUCUUCUAGAUGCUGGCGUUUGUAUAAAUCAGAGAGAUGUACAGGGACGAACACCGCUUAUGAUCUCAGUGUAUCGUUCCAAUUUGGAUAUUCUUUCGAUUUUGCUGGAUCGUGGAGCUGACGUCAAUACGCAAGAUGACAUAGGAUUUACCGCCCUUCAAAUAGCAAUUUUAUGCAGAAAAAGGGAUGCAGCGAUUAUGUUGAUCGAAAGAGGAAGCGAUAUGAGCGUUGUUACACCUUUGACCAAAGCUUCAAUUGGUGAACUUUGUAGAACCUGUAUGCCAAAAAUUCUUCGAUGUCUCGAACCAGAAACAAGAGCAUUACAGUAAUUUCUAUUGUCUUAUUAGAUAUUAAAAUCGAUAAAAUCUUUUUUUUUUUUCAUUUUAUUCAAUUUUAUUACAUCAUGAUAAUUAUUAUAUCAAGUUUCCAAGGAUGUCGGUGGAAAUUUAUUGUACAAUAUCGU